AUGAUUUACCAACAACUAGGUGAUACGUCUCUUUCAAACACUAACAUUACUAACUGCAUUUCACAACAUGCUACAGCUUUUAUGUAUUGGAGUAUGGAAUCAACAACAAAAGUCAAAUUUUGUAAUUUUGAAAAUUUGGAAGCAACUAAUAUCAUUAUCACUUGUUUUGAGUUUACUGUAGGGAUAGUUGAAAGAUGUAAUUAUAUAAAUAAUUCACAAACAGAUAAAUUUUAUGGAUUCGUUUAUGAAUGUGGAAAAAAACUUAACGUUUUAGAUUCAGUUUUCAAAGAUAAUCGAAAGAACGAAAAAGGAGCUUUAUUUUCUGCAAAUGAUGGACAAAUUUUUAUAAUUAAUUGCAAUAUUGAUGACUAUAAAGAGUCUAAUACAUAUCGUGGAACUAUUGAUACAUCAGAAAUGACAACAAAACCAUUUUCUAAUGACUUAAAGUUCAUUGGAAUAAGUCCAUGUGAAGGUUCGUUACUAAUUGCACAAAAUAAAGAUUCAAUUUAUAAAAACCUCAAAUUAUUAUCAUUAAUAUUCUUGUCCCGCCCUCUUGGUUUUUGA